AUGGCGGCGCCCACAGCGGACGGUUCGCCCCCUCAGGGGGUCCCCAAAUCCCCCGGGACCCCUCAGGACGCGGCGCCCGAGGAGCCCGAACCGGUCGAGUUUUUCCCGUACGAGCUGAGCCGCCCCCCCCGGCAGAUUUGGGGCGCUCGGCAGGAAUUCGCGCGGCGCCCCGAGAAUUUCCUGCGGGGCUGCAAAUGGGCCCCCGACGGCUCCUGUGUCCUGACCUGCAGCAACGACAACGCCCUGAGGAUCUUCGACCUGCCCCUGCCCCCGGGACCCCCCCUGGGACCCCCCCCAGGACCCCCCCUGCCCGAGCUGGCCCCGGCCGUGCAGGUGGCCGAAGGUGACACCAUCUACGACUUCACCUGGUACCCCCUGAUGGACUCCAGCCAGCCCCCCACCUGCCUGGUGGCCGCCAGCAGCCGGGACAACCCCGUGCACCUUUGGGACGCCUUCGAUGGGACCCUGCGGGGGUCGUUCCGUGCCCACAACCACCUGGACGAGCCGGUGGCCCCCCACUCUCUGUCCUUCUCCCCGGACGGCUCGCGGCUCCUGGGCGGCUUCGACGGCGCCGUGCGCGAGUUCCCGACCGAGCGCCCGGGACGGAGCGGCCACGAGAGGGCGCUGAGCCAGGGCGGGCAGGGCCAGCGGGGCCUGAUUGGCUGCCUGGCCUUCAGCCCCAGCCAAUCGCUGUUCGCCUGCGGCUCCUAUGGGCGGAGCCUGGGGCUGUACCUGCUGGGAGGGGGCGGGGCCGUGGCGCUCUGGCCCCGCCUCCCGGCCGCGCCCACCCACCUGCGCUUCAGCCCCUGCGGGACUCACCUGUACGCGGGGGGCAGGAAGGUGGGCGUGGCCUGGGGGCGCUGCGACUGCCGCCUGCGCUGGCUGCUGGCCUGGCUGGGCUCCCGCCCCUCCCCCGCCCCGCACGAGCUCGGGGGGCGCUGCCGAGCGCCCCUCCCCCACCAGGGCACCCCCCUGGCGCUGCUCGGCCCCCGGCAGCUCCAGUGCCAGCGACACGAGCUGCGGCCGUUCCAGUCCCUCCCGUUCUCGUCCCUCGGGGCAGAGCCCUUCGCCCUCGGGGGACACCCGGGGGUGGCGCUGGCCCAGCCCGCGGCCGGAGCCUGCGCCCUGCUGGAGUGGGACCAGCUCGGGGGGAGGUUCCGGGCCCAGACCAUCAUCAACAGCUCCUCCCCGGUCGCCUGCCACCCCGUCCCCAUGGGUGACACCCUCCUGGUGGUGGUGGCCCAGCUGGGCGGCGGCUCCUGGGUGUGGCGCCGCUCGGGCGGCCCCGGCUCGUCCUUCGUGCGCCACCAGGCGCUGGGCUCGGGCCACCUGCGCCGGCCGCACUCGGUGACGGCCGCGCGCCUGGGCGGCCACCUGUACCUGGGGGUGGCCGACAGCUCCAAGGGCGGCACCAGCACCGUGUUCCGCUGGGGCUCGGGCGGGUUCUACCCGCACCAGCAGCUGCGGCCGUGGCAGCGGGACACGCACCUGGAGUUCCUGGAGCUGGGCGGGCGCGCGGCGCUCGUGGUGUGCAGCGCGGCGCGGCGGCCGCUCGUGUACCGCUGGAGCGGCGCCGCCUUCGCGCCCCACACCGACAUCCCGCACGUGCCCGACGUCUACGCCGCCAAGCACUUCCGCGCCAAGGGCGGCGUCUUCCUGUGCCUCACCCGCUUCCUGGGGGACGCCAAGGUGAUGCGCUGGGAGGGCUCCAUGUUCCGCGAGGUGCAGCACGUCCCCGCGCGCGGCUCGCUGGUGUUCCAGCCGCUGCUGCUGGCGGGCCAGCGCUACGUCCUGCUGGGCAACGACUUCGCGCCGAGCCGCGUGUUCCGGCUGGGCCCCGGCGGCCGCCUGGAGCCCGGCCAGGAGCUGCCCGCGCCCACGCCCCGCGCCUUCGUCCCGCUCGCCGCCGGCCAGCGCCACUUCCUGCUGGCCACCAGCUUCAAGGGCGCCACGCAGAUCUACGCGCACGUCACCGAGGACGUGGGGACGUGAGGGGACAGUCGGGACAGUGAGGGACACGAGGGACAGAUGGGGACAGUGGCCACCAUAUCCCCACCGAGGAUGUCGGGAUGUGGGGGACAGAUGGGGACAUUGGGGGACAGUGGCCACCACGUCACCGUGGGCACUGGGACAUCAGGGGACAUCGGGGACAGCUAGGAUAGUGGCCAUCAUGUCACCAAGGACAUCAGCACCUAGGGGAUAUCAGGGACGGUGGGGACAGUGGCCACCAAGGCCCUGAUGUCCCCAAGGCCACCACUGUCACCUCAGUGUCCCCUCCCGGUGCCACCAUCUCCUUGAUGUCCCCAAAGCCACCAUCACCUGAUGUCACCAUUGGCUUUGUGUCACUUUCUUGUGCCACCAUUAGCCCGAUGUCCCCAAGGCCACCAUCACUCAGUGUCCCUUCCUGGUGCCACCACUGACCCGAUGUCCCCAAGGCCAUUGUCACCUCUGUGUCCCCUCCCAGUGCCACCAUCACCCAACAUCCCCUCCCGCUGUCCCCGUGUCCCCCCCACUGUCCCCACGGUGCCACUGCCCCUCUCCCAAUGACCAAAAUCCGUUAUUUUCCACCCAAUUUUAUUCAUUGUCCUUUUCUGGAGACAUUCUGGGGACAUUUCAGGACAUUUUGGGGACAGCUCAGCACGAGCUGGCGGCUC